AUGAAGGGCUCCAGCAUUGCGACUGCCCUCGCCCUGAGCGCCUCCAGCGUUCUCGCUGCGCCCAAGUUGGCUGCCCGCGCCGAUGUCACUCCCAUCACCGUCAAGGGUAACGCUUUCUUCAAAGGAGACGACCGUUUCUACAUCCGUGGUGUCGACUACCAGCCCGGUGGCUCGUCAGAUCUGGCUGACCCCAUCGCUGAUGCCGACACCUGCAAGCGCGACAUCGCGAAGUUCAAGGCGCUUGGCCUGAACACCAUCCGUGUCUACUCAGUCGACAACUCCAAGGACCACGACGAGUGCAUGAACGCCUUGGCUGAUGCUGGCAUCUACCUUGUGCUUGACGUGAACACUCCUCUCUACUCCAUCAACCGUGAAUCUCCCGCCAUCUCUUACAACGAGGUGUAUCUUCAGUACAUCUUCGCGACCGUCGACAAGUUCGCUACCUACAAGAACACCCUGGCUUUCUUCUCCGGAAACGAAGUCAUCAACGACGGCCCGUCGUCUAUCACUGCUCCUUAUGUCAAGGCUGUGACCCGUGAUCUGCGCAACUACCUGAGCGCUCGCAACUACCGCCAGGUUCCUGUCGGAUACUCUGCUGCCGACGUUGACACCAACCGUCGUGAGAUGGCUGAAUACAUGAACUGCGGUACUGAUGAGGAGCGAAGUGACUUCUUCGCUUUCAACGACUACUCCUGGUGCAGUCCCUCUUCCUUCCAGAAGUCCGGCUGGGACCAGAAGGUCAAGAACUUCACUGGCUACGGCCUUCCUCUCUUCCUUUCCGAGUACGGAUGCAACACCAACACUCGUGACUUCGGUGAGGUCGAGGCUCUCUACUCCACUAAGAUGACCGGCGUCUACUCUGGUGGUCUUGUCUACGAGUACUCCCAGGAGCCCAGCGACUACGGACUUGUUGAAAUCAAGAACGGCAAGGUUACCGAGCUUGAUGAUUUUGACACCCUGAAGAACGCCUUCUCCAAGACCUCUAACCCUGAGGGUGAUGGUGGCUACAACAAGACCGGUGGUUCCAACCCCUGCCCUGCUAAGAACGCCCCCAACUGGGACGUCGACUCCGAGGACACUCUCCCCGCCAUGCCCGAAAAGGCCCAGAAGUACUUCGAGGACGGUGCUGGUGAUGGCCCUGGCUUCGACGGCGCUGGUAGCCAGACUGCCGGCACCCCCUCUUCCAGCAACACCACCGAUGGCGAAGGCAACACCGUCUCCGGCUCCUCCAACAGCUCUUCCUCCGGUUCCUCCGACCCCACUGACGGCGCUGCUGCUGGCCUCCACAUCCCCAGCAUGACUAUGGCCCCCGUCCUCGUCGGCCUGGUGACCGUCCUGUCGACCAUGGUCGGUGCUGGUGUUGUCCUCUUCUAA